AUGCCGGCCACACAUCUGAAUCCUAAUGGCAGUGGCUCCAGCGGCGUUCUUCCUCCGCUCGAAGUGCUGGCAAAAUGGCCAACGCCCAACUACGAUGAUCCGAUCACCCGGCCGAAAGUCGUGCCCGCUCUGGCUGGUGUUUUUGGAACAAUCAUGAUUAUCAUUGUAGCAGCGAGAACUUGGGCUCGAUUCUUUAUACGGAAAAAUGGUGGACUGGACGAUUGGAUAAUACUGCUUGCAAUGAUUCCGACAAUCGGGUUCACGGUAGUGGUAUGUCUAGCAACCGAAGUCUACGGCUUUGACCGUCACAUGUGGGACGUAACACCCAACCUCUACAUUCCGGAACGUAAAAUCGUCUUCGCAGUCUACCUCCUCUACAUCAUCGCGAGCGGACUAAUCAAAAUCUCCAUCCUCCUCUUCUACCGCCGCCUCGACGCACGCUGCAUCCCCAGCACCUUCCGCAUCGUCACCUGGAUCAGCAUCACCAUAAUCGCUGUCUUCAUCACCGCCUUCACCGUCAUUCUCUUCACGGCGUGCAACCCGCUCGCAUCAUUCUGGUACCAAUUCGAUAUAGCCCGCCAGAUCUCCGGCUACAAGUACCACUGCUGGGUCAACGAAGAAGCAGACAUAAUGGCCGCCAGCAUCGUUUCCGCAGUGCAAGACGCAAUCGCCGCUUGCCUCCCCACGCUACUCUACUGGAACUUACAGAUCCCCAAGCGCCAGAAGAUCACCUUGGGAACACUAUUCGCGUCGGGCUACGUAGUCUGCAUCGUCUGCAUCGCCCGCGUCUUCGCCAUCCACACAAUCUUCAACAACGAACUGUACGACUCCUCGUGGACCACCUGGCCCGCGCUCCUCCUCGCCGUCCUCGAAAUCCAACUCGGCGUCAUUGUCUCGUCGGCACCGGCCCUCAGAGUCUUUGCCAAACAUUAUUUCUCGGGCACCUCGGUGCGGGGCAGUGCCCCGCAGAGGUUUCCGUACGAACCGGCCAGAGGGACGGAUGGGAGUGUGCGCCAGGGUGAGUUUAGGAAGCAGAGUGAUGCAGCAAAGUCGGCGUCGACAAUGUCGAGGGGGAGGGGGGGACCCGAGGAGGAUGAGGAGGAGGGAGAUGUCGCGUUGCUGGAGUUACGGAGGGCGGAAACGAGAAUUGUAGGGAUAGUCUAG